AUGCAUAGCAGCUGCGCGGCUCUGCGGCGCCCCUCUGGGGCAAGGCGGCAGCUACCUACAUUGGGGGGGGGACUUGGGGGACUUGGGGGGACGGGGGGGGGUGGGCGAUUCCAUUCUUCACCCACUCCUGCCCUUCCCUCCCUUUCCCCCUUUCCCCCUCUGUCCGAUCCCCUUCACACACACCCCAUUCCGUUCCUGCUUUUCAGGAGCAACGGAUCAGCUGAUUGGCUUGUCGGAUCAGUGCCGCCCAUCCAGCUCCCUGCCACCAAGGCGUCUCCUAAGGCCCAAGCACCCUCCUGUGUGCUGGAUUCGGAGUGGUUGAGAGCGGUGCAGCCAGAUGUGGUGAUUGAGUCGGUGGUGGUGACUUGUGGGGGCAUCUCUGGGUCUGCACCACCAGCCAGCCCAGGCCAUCCCCUGUAUAAACCUCUCUUUCUUCUCUUACAUGCCUCUCACUCUCUCCCCACCCCACCAGCUCUCCCAGGUGCUUUAGUCAGUGGUCACUGUGGGGGCAGGACAGCGCUGGGUCUGCACCAGCCAGCCAACGCCUCCCCCUUUAUAACCCUCUCUCCCGGUUCCCCCAACUGCCACUCCUCUCCUCCCACCCCACCAGCUCCCCCAGGUGCUUGA